CACAAGUUCUCACAAGCACCCACCCUACUUUAGCAAACAACUCGACACGAUUGACAUUUUCAGGUUCUGCUGUUUCUUCAAGUUGGAUGUUUCGUUAGGAAGUUUAAAAAAAAGGGAUUCUCUAGUAAUUAAUUGAAAUGAUGCAAUUUAUGCUGUUAUUUAGCCGACAAGGCAAACUGCGUCUACAGAAAUGGUACGUAGCUCACCCGGAUAAGGUUAAGAAGAAGAUUACACGGGAACUCAUCACGACGAUUCUUUCGCGGAAGCCCAAAAUGUGUUCAUUCCUGGAGUGGAAAGACUGCAAAAUUGUAUACAAAAGAUAUGCUAGUUUAUACUUCUGCUGUGCAAUUGAGCAAAACGAUAACGAGUUGUUAACCCUGGAGAUCAUUCACAGAUACGUGGAAUUGCUGGAUAAGUAUUUCGGAAGUGUGUGUGAGUUGGACAUUAUCUUCAACUUUGAGAAGGCGUACUUCAUACUGGACGAGCUGCUGGUGGGUGGCGAAAUCCAGGAAACGUCCAAAAAGAACGUGCUGAAAGCCAUCGCUGCUCAGGAUGUCCUCCAAGAGGCUAAUUUUGAUGCCGGGAUGAAGGCAGCACCCUUGAAAGUAUCCACAAUUGAUGACAUCGAUGCGCUGGCUUUCUAUUGAGUUUAAUUUUUUUUUGACAGAAGAAAGUGGAACACAUUACAUAUUUGAAUAAACAUUGAGUUGUUUGUUCUUAUUAGUAUGAAAUGAAAACAAUUGAAAUGUUAGGAAAAUGUUCGAAAUGCGGUGAGAAUCAAGAAGAUCUUAUCUAAGAAUUGUUUACAAUUUAAUAUACAAACCUGUUUUUGUGCGGGGGAUAGGGGGAAAAUCGUACUAAACUUAACUAGUAGCUUUAAAAAAUAGUGUUCGUUACACAAUUUGAAAAAAAAAACUUUUUCUAUGCGGUAGAUAGGGAAAAAAGAUUCCUUAAGAAAAUUACCCAAUUCCUGAUGGCUCCAUUCGUGAUCAACAUUCGAUUUCUUUUUUUUCACUUUAAUAAGCGGCCUUAUCACUUGCGCAGAUCAUAAAAUCAACUCUUUGCUCAUUUCCAUGAGCUCCUAUUGAAAUCAUAGAACAAAAAAAAAAAAACAUGAGAAUGGAAAUUAGUUGACACAAUCCCUAUGUAGAGCGAUGAAAUACAUAUUAAAGAUAGAAAAACGAAGUAAAUUACCGAUGACUUCAUUUUUUUCAAAUACCGCACAAAAAAACUCGCACAAGAUUUUUCAUACAUUUUUGUUGUGCGAUCGCACAAAAAAAAUCGCAUAAAAAAAGCCGCACGAAAACAGGUUUUACUGUACACGAUAUAUUUCAGUGUCCCCAUGAUAGUAAGCUAGCAAGAGGUAGACUAAGAUUUUGUUCGACGAAGCCCGGAGAAGACGCGAUCAAAGCAAUCAUUACGCUACAAUUAAGAUUGGCAUCUGCUGAAAUCUGUAUAUGAUGGACCUAAAUCUAAAGAGCGGAACUCGAACCAUCGUCGAGAAAAUGAAGCCUGGUGAGGUGCAUCCAGUCUAUGAAAUUACCCAACUUGUAAAUCGAGUAGUGAUGUUCGAAGAAACGCACAACCGGUCCUAUGCAUUGUCACAACUGUCAAGAAUAUAGACAUACCAAAGGGUACUGUAACCUUCCAACAGUCUGCGUAGUUGGCAGCGGAAUACACGAAACAAAAAUGCCCUGUUCCAAGAACAGUGAGAGAGAAGUAAAAAAAUAAAGUAACUGCGGUGGCAACCAUACUACCAACCAUAGAGCAUGCCCGGUCUUCACUACUCCAAAGAAAAAACAUCGAUGAUCGCGACAAAAAGCGUUAACCAGCAGGCUUACAAUCCAUCAGCGAACUCCUUCUACGAACCUCCUGGACUCACGUCUUCAUCUUGCACUGCGUAUAGGGCUGCUUUACUUUCCCACCCAUCAACACCAAUAAUUCCUCGGAGAACAUCCUAGGACACGUGGAACGAAGAUGACGGUACGAGUGGUUCGAUGAUGAGUGUCAGCGAGUGGUUGACGAGGAAAACACUGCGCGGGAGCAAGCUACCCGUCAGAACGUGGAGCGAUACAGACAAAAGCGAAGACAGCAAACUCUUCAGCUCAAACUCGAAUAGCUGCACCAAUCUCAUGCGACGUGAAAGUUCUACCGGAAACUCAAUGCACCCCGAAAAGGCUUCGUGCCACGAGCAGAAAUGUAUAGGAAUAAAGAUAGGAGUAUCCUGACGAACGAACGUGAACUGACCGAAAGGUGAGACAGUACUUUCAUUAACACUUGAAUGAUGUACAGCCAGAGGACCAAGAGAACGAUGGAAGCGAUUACGUUGGUGCAGUUAAUAAUGAAGAUGUACCACCCCCAACGAUAGGUGAAGUUAAGGAUGCCAUCAAACGGUAUAAGAACAACAAAUCAACUGUAAUUAUGACAUCAGAACAGAACUUAUCAAGGCUCAAAAAAAUGAUUGAUUGUCUGCAUCGACUAAUUGUCAGAAUUUGGGAAACAGAACAGCUACCGGAGGAAUGGAAGGAUGGGGUUAUUUUCCCUAUGUUCAAGAAAGGCGACAAACUAGGCUGAAAACUUCCGUGCAAUCGGCGUCCUAAAUACCACCUACCAAGUACUUUGCCAAAUCAUAUUCCGUCGUCUAUCACCACUGACAAAUAUAUUCGUGGGAAGUUAUCAGGCCGGCUUCAUCGAAGGUCGGUCUACUACUGACGAGAUCAUGACUUUGCGGCAGAUCCUCCAGAAUUGCCGUGAGUACAGAGUCUCAACGCACCAUCUAUUCAUCUACUCCAAAGCCGCAUAUGAAUCAAUAACACGAAAUGAGCUAUGGAGAAUCAUGGACGAAAACGGCUUCCUCGGGAAGCUGACAAGACUGAUAAAGCCUACGAUAGAUAGAAUACAGUGCUGUUUGCGAAUAUCGGGUGGAUUACCUGACUCAUUCGAGACCCGCAGGGGGCUUCGACAAGGUGAUGGUCUCUCUUGCCUGCUGUUCAACAUUACGCUAGAGGGUGUUAAAAGACUAGCGGCGUUCAACUUGCGUGGUGAGGUCUUCAAUAGACCCAGUAAAUUUAUCUUCCUCGCUGAUGACGUAGAUUUUGUCGGCAGAAUACUUGAGACGGUAGCUGAACAUUACACCAGACUUAAGUACGAAGCAGAGAGAUUUGGACUGAGAACCAAUGCGCCUAAAAGCAUAUACACGAUGGUUUCCGGAUCCGAGUACGACAGGAUCCGAUUAGGUGGUAGUGUAGUGAUCGACGGCGAUGAGUUAUACCUUGGCUCAAUGGUAACGUGUGACGACAAUAUCAGCCGCGAGAUCCGGAGACGAAUUAGCAAUGGGAGUCGUACUUACUAUAGCCUCCAUAAGCACUUGAGUUCAAACAGGUUUAGCGAGAUGUUUUCUGUACAAAACGCUCAUAAGACCGGUUUAAUACCGGAUAAGACUCUAUGGGCACGCAACAUGGACAAUACUAGAAUAGGCCCGGUGAGCAUUUGGAGUCUUCGAACGAUGGGUGUUAAGAACCAUCUUCGGCGGUGUACAUGAGAACGGCGUAUGGGGCGAUGAAUGAACCACGAGCUCACGCAACUCACCGGCGAACCCAGUAUUCAGAAAGUGAAAGCCGAGAGGAUACGUUGGACAGGACAUGUUGCGAGAAUGUCGGACAACUAUCCUGCAAAAAUAGCGUUCGACGGGAAUCCGGCUGGUACGAGGCUAGGAGCGCAGCGAGCAAGGUGGUUAGAUCAUGUGCAACAGGACAUGGUGAGCACAGGGUGCCCACGCAAUCGGAGGAACAUAACCACGAACUGAGUUGAUUGGAGAAGAAUUGUAAAUCAGGCCAUGUUGCAAAGACGUUAAGGCAAAAUAAAUAAAAUAAAUCGGUUCAAUUAUGCAGCUCAUGACAUCGAUGCAAACUAUGAAGCAAGAAAUUUCGCGCAGCCAGCAACUUCUCAUCCAAAAACUGCAAUGUUCGAAAUAUUUUUUUUUGAAAAUUUGCUAUUGAAUGAAAAUAAAUUAUUCCUAAACCAAAACUAAAAUACAUUGACGUAUUUCUCAUCAACGAAACUCGUCUGACGGAUCACGGAUCACAACUUCAAAGUAACAGGAUAUUCUAUGAUACAAAUCAACCACAUGGGUCAACGAGUGGGUGCGGUCCUCAUCAAAUAAGAAAUUCCACACUAUCAAUGGCACCGUCAAAGUAUUCUUAAUAUCCAAGCAGUGGCUGUGUUCAUCGCUACUUCGCUGUUACAAUGAUAGUAAACGAAUUCAAUCGAAGUUUCUUUUGGAUUCAUCAUUUGAUCACUCACCAAUGUUCCAAUAUUCUGAUGCUUCAGAGAAAAAGAAUUAAAGCAGACAUGAUCCAAUCUUAACAACUUUCCAACACUAUCUCUGGACAUAUAUCUCUUCUGAAACUCUCCAUCGACCUCUGGAAAACAAAUACAUACGAUGACCCGCAUAGCAUAUGUCUCACAAGCAUGGAUAAUAUAGACCUUUAUUAUGAUUCCCAAGCCAGUGAAAGACGUUCAGAAAGUGAACUUCCUGCGUCUGGUAGUAUGCAGGACAGCUUUCACAAUUAUUGAAAAAAAAAAUCCAACCAACAUCGGUCUCGGACAUCAUUUCCAUCUACCAUGAGUGGUUGUUCCGCCACGUAUUCCAAGCAUGCUCUAAUAUGAAAAUUCUGGGAUAUGAUUUGGCGAAAAGGUUCACUGAGGUGCACAGUACAGUACAGUUCUGGUUAUACCAUGCUAGCAAAAAUCCGAACAGAACGCUGAAACAGAGCUUGGUUGCUGAAAACUGUGCAAGGAAACUCUACGUUGAUGUCCUGACCAAUUACAACGGAUGUAUUUUGUUAGACGAUGAAAUAUAUUUCAAAAUGGGCUUUGAUUAAAUCCCGGGUCAAAAAUGUUACCUUCCUGAUUGUAAGAGAGAUUCUCCGAAUAAUAUCAAUUUUGUUUUCGGAAUUUGAUUAUUAGGCAAGGCAGUUGAGUUGUAGAAAGAAAACAAAGUUUUUCAUCACUGGUGCAACUAUGAAUGGACAACUUUACAAAGAGAAGUGUUUUCAGAAGAUUUGCCGUUCAUUCGAUCACACGAAGAUCACGUGAAGUUCUGGGUCGACUCAGCCAGCUGCCAUUACUGUUGAGAUGUCGUAGGAUGCUAUAAGCAGAAUGAUAUUGAUUUCAUUGAAGAAAGUAUUAAUCCACCAAAUUGUCCAGAUUUUCGUCCUAUCGAAAAAUAUCGGGAAUUAAUUGUCAAAUGUGAAUUGUAAAAGUGUGACAAAAAAUUAGCAUACCAUCUGAAAAGGUGGUGGAAAAAAAGGUAGAUAGGCUUGAAAAUGUCACUUUGCAGAAAAUUAUUCAAUGAAAAGUUCGAAAGUUUAUCAGCAAAGCAGAGUAUUUUUUCCUUAUGCUUCAUAAAAAU